UUUAGCAAGAGUCUGAAUGCAUUUUAUAGGCGCCUCACGAAAUGCAUUCUCAUCACCUUGAAUUCUGCCCAUGAAGUUAUCAAUCAGUAGCUAGACUUGAGCAGAUCAAUUUCUAAAAAUGCACUGAUCGAGCUAUCACAAUAAUCCUAGUGAGCAGCUUUCCAAACAAAGCCUUGUGAAUUUAAUCCAUAGUCAAUCUGGAAAAGCUUUCAAUAUAGAAAGGAAGAUCAUAUAACAAAGUCUGUCCUUGAAUACUUACCUUAAUUUGAAGAGCAGCUUCUGUCUUGUUCCUGAUUUUGAGCCUUGUUCCUCGCAAUCCCACAAUUUUGAUCUUAUUUUAGCUUAUUUUUAACGUUUUAUAUAACAUAGAAGCGAAUUGAAGGCGAGCCCAAACCUAAAAGAAGCCCCAAAUCCUCCCCACCGGAACUGAAACCCACAUCGAUCCUCACCACCGGAAAUGAACCAACCGAAGAGGCUGAACCCCACAUCCUUACCAUCGGAUUUGGACCCCUCAUCCCCCGCCAAGAAGUUGAAGACUAACGGCUCCGACCAAGAAAACGGCUCCGACCUAGAAGCCUCCUUAGCCGAACUAGGUUGGACUCCCGACGAUCUAUUACUCAAGCCAGAAGAACAGGCCGAAAAGUUUUGGACGGCCUAUUAUGCGAAGAGAGAUCCUAGUCGCAGUGAAGCCUUUAGAGAAGUGGAACUUCCAGAAUCUUUACCUGAGGGAUGUGCAUGGGGUUCUUAUGUCCCUGGGAGUGGAAAAAAACAAUUUGUUUAUGUGAUAUGUUGCUAUAACUGUGGCGCGCGUGGUGCUCAUUUGACUGAUGACUGCCCAGAUAAGGAUACUGAAGAGGCUAAGGAGUUCAGGAGGGAAAAUUUCACCCUCAGAGUCCCGUCUUCUGGUCAUGAGACAAAGCCCGAGAACAAGUAAUGUAUUGUGUAUGAGUCGUGUUUUAACUGUCUACUCUACUUAUUUCCCUCUAUGAAUAUUAUGUAUAACUUUAGCAAUCCUAUGAUCUACCCAAGUCAAUCUUCUGGAUAUUGGGAACUUAGUUACACUAUUGUGCUUGUGAACUAUGGUUGUUUAACUCGUGAGAGUAUUCUGGCUCCAUCUAAUGUAAUGUGUUGUGGCAUGCGUUGUAUUACCUUGUUUAGUGAACUAUCUUUCUGAUCG